UCUCCAAGCGGUGGAAUUACAGACAGGUGCCGAGCGCAGCCCAGAGAUAUCCGGAAGUAUCUUGGUUCCAAGAACUGUAUGUGAACUAGAAGUGCCAGUGGUUGGUACGUAUAGGAGUCAACAAACGUAUCUUCGCAACAUUUUAACAACAUUUUGAAUGCUCAUUUAGUGGUUUCACGGCCUGACUUGCAAGAUCUCCCCCAUGGUAUGGUUAGAUCCCCACUGUAAAAAGCUGUGAACUGAAGUAACAAGUCCAUGACUAGAAGGACAUCUCUCUCGAUCAUCAACAUUACAGGAUACACAACAUCCGCAGCCGCUGGAUGACUGUAUCCCUCAGAGUGUACGUUCGGACAACGAGCUCAGACUACAGGAAACGAGGUGUUUGACGUCACGGCUCGAAAAGUGGGGAGCCCUCGAUCAUCAUCGAAACCCUAAGCCCUGGAUUGCGAGCUACACAUAGUAAUGUGUGUUUACAGGUGUCCCUAGUGAUAGGCUAUAACAACAACAAAAAUGUGCGUAGCGGUAGCAGCGUCAUUAACCAUCAGCUGACCUCUGACCUAUGUUUUGGAAGUAACUCCUGGAGAGGCUGUCAACGAUUUUGGGGGUUUUGUUUUAGGGGGGAGACCUAACGAGAGGAGAAUUAUUAAUUAAACUUUAAAGAUGGUCUCUCACAUACGCUUGGAGAAUACUCAGAACUAUAAGCAGCAGAUAUGCCUGUCAUUUAUGACUGGGUUUUACGGCUGCCGAUGGAAGAGGUAUCAACGGUCGACAGAACCGACUACAAAGUUCGAGAAGGCAUGGGUGUUAAUGCUGGCCUUGUCAUUUGCCUUAAUUGUAAUCUUUCUAUACUACUGGGUCAUGGCACAGAAUGACAUCGCUUAUUUCAACGGGUAUCUCUAUUAUUACAUUGGAACGUGGUUCGAUUGGUUUAUGCUUUUCUACGUUUUGACAAUUUUGACACUCAUCUACUUAGGAAUACUUUUGGCGUUAGUGAUAGCUCACUGUGUGACGGGGCGCCAGCUGUAUCUUCACUGGAUCCAUAAGAUACCAGUCGUAUUAGUACUUAUUAUGUGCAUCGUUGCUGUCAUUCUACUUGCUGAACUCUGGAAGUCGGAAUGGAUCCUAGUUGCCCUAACGUUGCAGGUUACGGCACCCAUAAUUCAAAUUGUUGCCAUAGUGAUUCUGACAAUCAUAGCGUGGCCUCUUGCUAGCCUGUGGUGGAGGGAUCAUAAUAUAGUUCACCGAUGUGUGUCCCUUUCGUUGUUCGUCAUCCUUCUAUUAUUUGUGUAUCUGAGUCCACUAUUAAUGGAAGCGCCGUGUGUUCUGCAGACAGCAGACCUUCCAGUCAAACCUCCAAUCAUAGCUCAUAAAGGAGCAGAACAGAUUGCUCCAGAAAACACAAAGAUUUCUUUCCAAACAGCUGCUAACUAUUCAGUCUAUGGCUUUGAAUCGGAUGUUAGAAUCAGCUCGGAUGGUGUGCUGUUCUUAAUGCAUGACAGCACGCUAACCAGGACUACCAAUGUGCAUGAAGUAUUCCCAAACAGAACUAAACAUAGAGCAGAGAGCUUCACGUGGACAGAACUUCAGAAGCUUGACGCCGGCUCUUGGUUUCUUAAGAGUGACCCGCACAACAAAUUAAAAUACGUUCCCGAAGAAACGAGGAAGAAAUUCAUCGGGCAGAAAAUCCCAAGUUAUAAAGAGUUUCUUGAGUUAGCUGUGACGUACAACAAGACGAUUGUGUUCGAUCUAGCUCAACCACCAGCGGGACACCCAUACUAUGUUGGGGAUGUUGUGGAACUUGUGGCUAACAUCACGUUGCAGUCCGGAAUCAGACAGGAACAGGUCUGGUGGCUGUCGAAUAUACAGCGAAAGUGGGUGAAAGAGAAAGCUCCUGGGUUUAUCUUCACAGCAGAAGGCAGAUACAGUGUAGGGACAUUACUUGAUGAGGAUAUACAUAAUGUCAAUGCUGAGUAUACCGAGGUCAACCAUGAUGACAUAAGAGAAUAUGCAGAUAAUUUGAUAACGACCAAUAUUUACGUAAUCAAUACGCCGGGAUUGUAUUCCAUUUAUUGGUGUGUUGGAGCACAUACCGUAACAACCAGUGCUUGCCAAGAUUUAUCUCAUAUUCAAGCACCGGUCUGGCAUAUGACACCGACUGCGUUUCUGAUAGUGAGUACCGUACUUGGAAUAGCUUCAGCUGUGUGCAUUGUCGUCAUUUGUGUCAUUCAAAGAUGUCGUAAUCCCGUAAGAGACGACAAUCCAGAAUCCAUAUCCCUGCAUUCUCCGCGGCAUUUCACAGGAGGAAGCACCACCAAGAAAAGCGACCGCGAAUUACUCUAUCGUACAAAUGAAGACACGAUGUUUAAUCCUGCGCAUACACCGGGUAAAGAUGUCCAGAUGGAAGAAGAACCACCUGUUUAUCAAGACGAUCUUGAUGCAAUGGGAGUGAGUUCAACAAGUGGAGUAGCCAAUCUUCAUCAAGAGGUCAAAAUGCAGUUAGAAUGAAGGGCCAGAUGAGCUCUUCCAGUCAGGAGUCUUACUCCAACUGUGGUUGGAGGUCAGUGUACAGCGUCAUUUGUGGUAUGUCUGGUCUGAGGAAGUACGUGCUUUAUUAAGGUAUACAGUUUACAAAAAAUACAUUUCUUGACCAAUACAGACUUCAUAUUGAAAACCAUUUCCUUAAAGAUGUGGAAGUUCUUGGUUUUGUACCUCGGAGAAGAGGUAUUUCAUGGGUAUCAGCUGUCAAGACUUUGCUCUGUACUUAUUUAAAUUGAUGAAGAAUGUCGAGAAAUCUUAUUGUAUUCUUAGACUUUGUUGUCUAUUUUUGGCUUGUGCACAUGCACACUUGACCUAGCUAAGAGGUUGCAACGCUUUUUAAUGCAACGAUUUUACUUCUUUGGUAAAAGUAAAUAUACUUAAAUCAUGCACAUGUAAUCUUGAUCUUAGAUGUCAAAUAAUAAAUCAUUCUAUUCUGAAGAUUCAUUUCGGGUCAUAGAAUGGGAAAUACCCCAAAAGUUUAUUACCAGACUAAAUUGGUAAGAGGCACUUUGAUAGUUUGAGAUAUUUGGAGAAAUUAUUUUUACGAAAUUAAUAUAUUGUUUGGAUGAACAAUGUGGCCAGAGAUGCGGUUGGUACCGGCUGUGACCUCGCUAAAUAUGAUGGAUUCGAUGGUCCUUCAAAAAAUAUUGUUACAGUUUUCUUGCUGUUUUCGCGGCAAGUAAAACACUGUAUUCACCUGAAACUUUCACAUGUGACUUUUCUUGUAUCUUUCUUUUUAAUAUUGCUUAUAAACCAGUAUUACAUUGUCAAAAGAUAGUCUUUGAGUAUGACCCUACUUUUGAUUAAUACACAGCAAUACGUAUUCCAUUGAACGCUAUGUAAUGUAUCAAGUAUUGAUUUUAAAUCAAUAGUUAUUGACAAAUAAGGAGACUGAAUUACUUCUCUAGAUGUGAACCUGGGACAAAUUGAAUGAACCAGUUUCGUUUUUAUGCAAAGGUUACAGGCUCGAAUUCAACAAAAACGGAUCAUACUUGCAAAAUGACUAAAAGUUAUGCAGUUUUCCCAUGUUUUGUAUGGCAAGUUUAUUGUUUAUUAAAUAAGAUGAAUAUAUGUUUGUCUAAGAACCAUUGCAACACUUAAAUCAUUGUAACCAUGUUAACAAACUCAAUUUAUAAAAUUACUUAUUCUACUAACAAAGUUAAAAACUUGCAUUUUUUUUUUAACAGUCUAAUAAUGAUACAUUAUUGUGAAUAAAGAAAAUAUUAAUUGUUUAAAAAGUCAAAGCACUAUCAACAUAGCUGAUUACUGCACAAAAUUUCCUCCUGUUUUCAACAAAUCAUCGUCAACAUAAAUCUUAAUAAUUGUAGUCUUACUUCUUCCCAGUGCUUUUCAAAUUGUUCUACAACCACUGAUUCCAUUUUAUUUUGUUUACACUUUAAACAUAGAUUUUUUGUCUCUACUUUUCUCCAUUAUCUUUUUUGUUGUGGCAAGAAUGUAGUGAUGUAUUUUAGUACUUAAGUACUUCUAAUUAGAAGAUAGUCAAUUAUUUAUAGUUGUUGCGGGGUCAUACGUGGCAAUCUCUUUUGGGAUGGGUAUCUGGACUCUCGUACACUAAAUCUGAUUAAUUUAAAGACACUGGAAACUAUUGGUAAUUGUCAAAGACCAGUCUUCUAACUUGGUGUAUCUCAACAUAUGCA